CAGAGAGGAUCGGGAAGCAUACUGAUCCGAGAUGUUGUCUUCAUCUACCACCUCUAACUCCACCACCUCUGACCCCAAACAUGUUGCCAUGGAGACCUACUGGAGGGAAGUACACAGCAUUGAGGAAGAGAAGGAUGGGGAAGAAGAAGAGGAGGAAGAUGAGAGAAAGAGUAUGGAUGAGGUGGAGCUUGAGGAGGCGUGGCUGACAGAUGCGGGGUUGGCUUCCCUGGUGACGGGCUUGCCAUUGGCAGAUGAGGAGCCACCGCCAGCUGAGGUGCUGCUGUCCACUUUGACACAUCAACAAGCAACCACUGUGAGGAAGAGGCUGGAUAACUAUAACGAGACACUGAAGAAGAGAAACAGACAGCCAAUCAGAGAUGUCCGGGAUAUCUUCACUGAGCCUGACGACCCAGCAGACAGAUGUGUGUACCCCCACUCCCAUCAUGCUGAAUCACCACCAAGUCGAUACCACACCACCACCAAGACCAUUCGCCGAAGAGCAGACAGAGACAGUGGUGUGUUUGGCGUUCCUCUGAACACGCUGUUGGAGAAAGACAGGAAGAAGUUUCCUGGGGUCAAAGUUCCUGUCGUGUUCCAGAAGCUGUUGUGUAUCUUAGAGCAAACAGGCCUGUUGACUGAGGGGAUUCUCAGAGUACCAGCAUCAGCUGCUAGAGUCAAGUGCCUUCGUAGAGAAUUAGACAGGUGCUAUGAGGGAUUUGACUGGUCUGCACUGAGACAGGUGGACGCUUCCAGUCUGUUGAAGCUUUUCAUCAGAGAGCUGCCAACCCCUCUGCUGACACACACACACCUGUCCACCUACCGCUCUGUACUGAGUAUCCCCUCUGAGCUCCAUCAGGUUCAGGCCCUGCAGCUGCUGACGUUGCUUCUUCCAGAAGCCAACAGAGAAAUUCUGAGAGUAAAGCUUCACCCAGACAUUGUCUACACAGUCCCCAAGUUUCUACUGUCUCAGGUGAGACAGAUGAACCAGGUGUCCAUUCAGAAACAGCUUGGCCUGAGCUGGACCAGUAGACUUUUGAGGAAGAAGAAUGACAAGAAUGAAAGAGAUCAGAUCACAGAGCUGUGUGAAGGUGUGAUCAGAGUUCAUGCUCCUCUACACACCAAGAUUUCCAUGGUGAUACAACUUGAGGAACAGACAACAGCCAAGGACAUAACGUCCCGCUUCGAGUGUGAGAACAGUCCAGUUCAACAUCUGUAUGAAGUUGGAGGAAACAUCUGUGAGCGUCGUCUUCAUCCUGACUGUGUUCUGUUGGAUGUUUACAGAGCUAAUCCCCACUGUGAUUGGCUAAUUAAACCCUGACAACCUGUCUCAGAACCUGUUUCAAGUGUCUCACCACCUCUCUCAUUAAAGCCUCCCCACCGGUCGACACAUGCACCACCACCUGUCUCGUUGCCCUCACUCCACGUCUCAGCUCGUGCUUUUUGCUGUCACAAAAACACUGGCACCAGCCUCAUCACACACAAGUGGAUCCAAACUUCCCUUUAUCAUGAACCACUUCCUUUGUUCAUACAGCAGCUGUUGGCAUGACAUCAAAGUAACAUUGUCCUUUAUCGAACAAUUGUUCAGUCUGUUUUUUAUCUUUCUGAAUUUGGUUUGUCCUGGCAGAUUAGUCACAUCUUCUCCUGCUCCGGUCUUUAUUUACUGCUGUUGUUUCUGUACAUCAGAACAAAUGUGUUUAUUAAUGAUGCUCAUAUUAAAACUUGAAUAUGUACUGAUGGCAAGCUGUCUCCACCUGCUGGUCAAUGUGUGUAAUUAAAGAUGAAGUCUUCUCUC